ACUGAACCGGAAGCAGCCACAGAAGUACUUCCUGUUUGUGUGUCGGCGUGUGUGGAUCGUUUUGGUUCCCUCUCAUUUCGACUUCUCCACAAGCGGAUUCUUAAAAACACAUAAAAGCAGCAGCAGAAAUGGCACGUAACGCUGAGAAGGCCAUGACGGCUCUGGCUCGGUUCAGACAGGCUCAGCUGGAGGAGGGGAAAGUCAAGGAGAGGAGACCUUUUCUGGCGUCCGAGUGCAAUGAACUUCCGAAAGCAGAGAAAUGGAGACGCCAGAUCAUCAGUGAGAUCUCAAAGAAAGUGGCUCAGAUCCAGAAUGCCGGUCUCGGGGAGUUCAAGAUUCGGGACUUAAACGAUGAGAUCAACAAGCUGUUGAGGGAGAAAGGUCACUGGGAGGUCCGGAUCAAAGAGCUGAGAGGACCGGACUACAAGCGAGUCGGUCCGAGGAUGUUGGACCACGAGGGGAAGGAAGUUCCAGGAAACCGAGGGUACAAAUACUUUGGCGCGGCCAGAGACCUGCCCGGGGUCAGGGAGCUGUUUGAGAAGGAACCUGCCCCGGCGCUGAGGAAGACGAGGGGGGAUCUGAUGAAAGAAGUGGACGCAGAGUAUUACGGCUACAGAGACGAAGACGACGGAGUGCUGCUGCCUCUGGAGGCUCAGUACGAGAAGCAAGCUGUGGUGGAGGCGGUGCAGAAGUGGAAAACGGAGAAAGAGGCUCGCCUGUCAGGAGACAAGCCACAGGAGGAAGAGGAGGAGGAGAGCAUCUACAAGGUCCACAGGGAGGAGCCUGAUGAGGAGGAGAUCCGGGAGGACCAAGAGGGAGAAGAGGUCACCUUCCUCGCACACGUACCUGUUCCCUCACAGAAAGAGGUGGAGGAGGCUCUGGUCAGGAGGAAGAAGAUGGAGCUGCUGCAGCGUUACGCCAGCGAGACUCUUCAGGCUCAGAGUCAGGCUGCCAAAACUCUGCUGGGACUGUAACCCGUCUGUCUGACUAACCCGUCUGUCUGACUGUGACCCGUCUGUCUGUCUGACUGUGACCCGUCUGUCUGUCUGACUGUGACCCGUCUGUGUGACUGUAACCCGUCUGUGUGACUGUAACCCGUCUGUCUGUCUGACUGUAACCCGUCUGUCUGACUGUAACCAGUCUGUCUGACUGUAACCCGUCUGUCUGUCUGACUGGAACCCGUCUGACUGUAACCCAUCUGUCUGUUUGACUGUGACCCGUCUGUCUGUGUGACUGUGACCCGUCUGUCUGACUGACUGUAACCCGUCUGUCUGUCUGACUGGAACCCGUCUGUCUGACUGACUGUCAGCCAUCAUGUAAAUAUCGUCUUUUUUUACCCAGCCUUGUUUCUUAAUAAAACGAUCUUCAGCACA